AUAAUCUUUGAAGGCAUAUGGGGACCUAACAGAGCCGGUGGAACCCUUGCCAUCGACGAUAUUGCCUUCUACGAAGGGAACUGCACAAACGGGUACAUCUUCUUCGACAUCUUCGCGACGAACCAGGUGGUGCGCGAGGUGCGGCUGGUGGCGGGGCCCGCCCGCCCGCCGCCCGGCGCCCCGCGCGGCCCGCUGCUCUGCUUCACCUUCUGGUUCGCGGCGUUCGGCGCCGGCGACUCCACGCACCUGUCCCUGCUGCGCUACCCCACGGCGGGCGACCUCGACGACCUCACUCCGCACACG